CCCUCACAAUUGCCUUCUACAUUCCUGCGACCUUGUUUCUGUCCUGAUUUCUCCAUUUUUCUCCGGCUUCUCAACUGCUAUAGCUGUCAUUGAGCUUAAUAUAAUUGCUAAUUGUUACCCCACCUCUUCGACAAGGACUCAACCUCGAGCAUGCCUCUCACGACCACCAUAUAACUCAUAACGUCACCGACACCCUCGACACCUACUCCACCUCCCCCAUACCACACCCAACCACCACCCGCCAUGCUCCCCUCAUCCUCCUCCUCAAAGAAGCGCCCGCCCUCCCCGCAACCCCCGGACCUCAGCAUCACCGCCUCCGAUCAAGUCCACCUCCACACCGCCGGCUACAAUGAACCGCUCUCCAAGCAAGGCCUCAUAUCCGGCAUGGCGCGCUUCCGCUCCUCCCCGCUCGACUUCAUCCGCGAGGUCUCGCUCCACGUGUCCGGCACCGGAUGGCGCAGUUACGACUCCGUGGUCGGCCAACCCAUCUUCUACCCGGGCUUCUCGGAGAAGAUGAAGAGCCGCGUGUUAAGUAAUACAAAACUUGUAGCGAAGGUGAAGGAGUUGGCGGGACGGAGGGUGGAGGUUGAGGUACAAGAGGGGCUGUUGCCGGGGGGUGAGGGGGAGGAGGCGAAGAGGGAGAGGGAGGUGAGGAGGAGCCGGAUUGAGGAGAGUCUGAUGGAGGUGGCGGAGGGGUUGACGGAGAAUAUGAUUUGCAAGAUGGAGAGUAAGAGGUUUAUAAGGGGCGCGUAUUAUUUGGCGACGCAGUUGUUGACGAGGGCGUAUCAUCAGGGCGUCCACGUCUCGAGCGAAGAAGUUCUUCGCCUGCGAAAAGUAGCAGAGGAAGCGGCCAAGAAGAAACAGUCCAUCAUCUUCCUCCCCUGCCAUAAAUCCCACGUCGACUAUGUCAGUCUCCAGAUAAUAUGCUACCGACUCGGCCUUGCGCUUCCCACUGUAGUCGCAGGGGACAACCUCAACUUCCCUAUCGUGGGCUCGUUCCUUCAACAUGCGGGUGCUAUGUGGAUACGGCGGAGUUUCGGAGGCGACCAAUUAUACACGACGACAGUCCAGGCGUACAUCGAUACCUUGUUGGCGAAUGGGUACAAUCUGGAGUGCUUCGUGGAGGGCGGACGGAGUCGAACGGGCAAGCUGCUUCCUCCCAAGUUUGGCAUCUUGUCCUACAUCGUUGAUAGCAUUGCGUCGGGGCAUGUCGAAGAUGCGAUCAUCUGUCCGGUGUCGACCCAGUACGAUAAAGUCAUUGAGGUGGAUUCCUAUAUCAGCGAACUCUUGGGCCAUCCAAAGCCAAAAGAGAACCUCAUGGAUUUUCUUUCUGCAUCCUCUGUCCUUUCCCUCAAACUCGGCCGGGUUGAUGUCCGGUUCCACGAGCCGUGGAGUCUCCGUGAAUUUAUAACUGAACAGCGCCAACGCUUCAGCCAAUUACCGAAGCCACUCUCACCGAAGGACGAGCGCGUUCGCAUCCUGAGGACAAUGGGAUACAGGGUCCUUUCGGAAAUCAACGAGGUUUCCGUCGUCAUGCCUACUGCGCUAGUCGGCACGGUUCUCCUGACGCUCAGGGGCCGAGGCGUAGGAAAGAGCGAGUUGAUCAGAAGAGUGGAGUGGCUCAGCGAGCGCGUACGAGCCCAAGGCGGACGUGUUGCCCAUUUCGCCGGCCUACCCACCAGCGUCGUCGUCGAGAGGGCUCUGGAGGUGCUGGGUCCGGGGCUCGUUGGCCUCGUCCGUGGACUACCGGAAGAUACAUACUACGCCGUCGACCGAUUCCAGCUCUCCUUCUACCGCAACAUGACGAUCCACCUCUUCAUCCUCCAAUCCCUCCUCUGCGCCGCCCUCUACACGACCGUCAAGCUGGGCGGCGGCCCGCACAACGAACGCAUCUCCUACGCCGCUCUGCGCGACCAAACCGAAUUCCUCUCGCAGCUCUUCCGCACCGAAUUCAUCUUCCCCACCGAAGGCCUGGAAACCAACAUGGCCACCACCAUCGCCGACCUGGAGCGCCAAAACGUCAUCAGCGUCACACGAGACGAGCCGACGGGCAAAGUAACGUACAUCGCGCUGAGCCAGGAAGAGCGCGAGACGGGCCGGGAAAACUACGAUUUCUACUGCUUCCUCAUCUGGCCCUUCAUCGAGGCCGCAUGGCUCGGCGCCAUCUCCCUCGCCAUGCUCACGCCUCCCCUCACCCAUCCCGCCACCGCCGCCGCCGCUGUUGCUCCAGACGGCACCCGUCCGCACGCCUGGCUCGACCACAAGGCCUUCACGGAGCGCGCGCAGCUGCUGGGCAAAACGCUGUACCAUCAGGGAGACCUGAGCUACUUUGAAGCCGUCAACAAGGAGACGUUGAAGAACUCGCUGUCCCGGUUCCAAGAGGAGGGCAUCAUCAUCGUGACGGCGCCUCCCAAGGACGCAAAAGUCCCGGCCCGGAUCCGCCUCGCGGACGAGUGGAUACCGGCGCGGUGUCCAACGAGCGGGGAGUUGGUGACCGAGGGGUCCAAGUUGUGGGCGUUUGCGGAGAGGAUUAGUGCGAGUAGGCGCGAGGGGAAGAAUCGGAGGGAUGGGCGGACGGUGAAGAGGAGGGUGUUGCGGUUGGCGGAUUUGUGUGCGGGGGGUUUGUGGGAGGAGUGCUUGUUGUAUAUCAAGGGCGAUAUCAGAAACGGCUCUGCCUCACUGUCCAUGGAGACUAUUCUGAAAGCGAUCAGCAAUCGAAUAUAUACCAAAGCAAAGAAGCGCAACGCUAAAUAA